AUGACUGGAUCUACAUGCACCUUUGACGUUUCCUGGAAUAAUGGUGAAGUGUUCUGGUGUGAGUCUCGAUCUGGAGAGACUAGCAACGCCGUCAACAUCACUGUGCAGGAUGAUUAUUAUGAUGAUAUUAUCCUGGUGAGCCCUGUUCAUCCUGUGACUGAAGGAGAUCCUGUUACUCUGAGCUGCAGAAAUAAAAAACAAAAUCUUCUCUCCAAUGUGUUUUUCUAUCACAAUGAUAAACUCAUCAAUAAUGACAGCAGAGAGGAGCUGAAGAUCUCUGCAGUGUCAAAGUCAGAUGAAGGUUUCUACAAAUGUCAACAUUCAGGAAAAGAGUCACCAAGCAGCUGGAUGUCUGUUAGAGCUGUGUCCAGUCCUGUCAGCUCUUUACUUCUGGUGCAGCUGAUCAUUGGACCAGUUAGUGGAGUCCUUCUCAUCGUUCUCCUGCUCUUGUUGUGGUGCUGCAUCAGACUGUUUCUGACAGAGAGGCGCAGUCAGAGCUCCACCACCGGCCUCGCAGCAAAUCAAGCUGGAAGUCAGGUUUACAGCUCUCUGCUGCAGGGUGACGCGCCUCUUUAUGGAAAAAUUGAAACUUGCGAAGCCGCUGGAAAUGGUAAUUAUGCAUCAGAACGGAGCUGCAACAACUGA